AUGAGGAAGAACCGCAACAGAAAAAAGAACGGUGGCGGUGGCAACAACCAGGGGGGUAACAAUCCUCACCAAGGUAACAACUCUCACCAAGGUAACAGCUCCCCCCAUGGCAGCAACUCUCACCAAGGUAACAACUCCAACCGCGGCAACAACCACCACAACGUUAAUAAUAAUCACCACAACAGCGGGCGUAAUGGCAAGUCGACCAACAAGUGGAACAGGAACCACGGCAAUAACCAGAAUGGCAAUGGCAAUAACAACCAGAACGGUAACAACAGUAACACCGGGAGCCAGAAUGGCAACAGGAAUAACAACAAUAACCAAAAUGGAAACUGGAAUAACAGCAACUACCAGACCGGGCACUGGAAGAAACGGCGUCAGCAAUACUGGCAGCUCAUUGCCGGAGCAGAGCACGUGGGUCAAAGCCAAGUUCUCAGCAUGUUCCUGGGCCAUAGCAUCCGGAUAGGUCUGCUAGCACAAAGCUACGCAACCGUGUGUCACGCAACCGGAGGCUACAAGUCCACAGACGAGUUUAUCACCAAGCACAGAGCCCAAAUCCACGACUGCGAGUUGUUUUGCGUCCAAGGCCGGUUCCAGGACUCGUCCAUCACACCACAUUCCCUCGCCGACAAGAUCGAACAGUGCCUGGAGCAGCACGCGGCAUUCAUUUACGAGCAAUGGAUCCUGCACGACCACCUAACCCACUACCCUGGCUUCAGAAUGGAGGACUUUCUCGCUUAUAUCCGGGGCUUCUCUACCUACGCCUGGGAGCCUGUCAUCAACGCGGAGGUUGCGCAGGGGAAUGACACUGAUGAGGAUGUUGUCAUGGUUGACGACGGGAGCAGUCAUACGAUUUACCUCGCCCAGCUUUGCAAAUUUGCGCCGCUGCCUUACCUCACUGUCAGGUUUGGUAUUGUUGACCCGGAUGUACCGGGGCAUAGUUUUAUGUAG